CUACCAGCAAGAUUUUGCCUAUCCUGCGUCAAGGGUCACUCUUAAAGGGCCUUAUUUAUAGAAAAAUAUAAAUUUCAACUUUAAAAUUCCAAUAGUUCUGAAAGGACCCAAUGACCGGCGUGGGACCAGGUGCGUGUUCGUCGUCCUCAUCUGUACAAAGCAACGUCUAGACCCGCCGGCAACCAACAACAUCAAAUAGCGGCAAUCUUGCACAAUCGCUAGCCGAUCAAUCCCCAGGAAAUAAAGGACCUCCCCUAGGAUGGCAGAGGCAAUGGUGGUUGAGGACCGGGCGGCAGAGUCCAAGCGAUUUUUCUGCCACAUGUGCAACGUGGAGAUCAACAUUCCCAACUCGGACUUCACCUGCCCGCUGUGCGCCAACGGUUUCGUGGAGGAGUUGCCGGCAAAUGCACCGGAUAUGGCGUCUCCGGCACCUGGAGCCUCCAGCGGUGUACGAUCCGGAAGCAGUGGCAGCGGCUCCUCUGGCUCCCACGACACCCUGAGCAGAGGCAGCUCCUCGGGCGGAUCUCAGGUGAAUGUGGAAUCGCUGAGGAACGACAUAGUGUCGCUGCUGAACAUGCGGAAUGUGUCCAAUUUGGAGAUCACUAUCGAGCCAAACAGGCGGCAUAGCAAUGUGCUGCACCUGGGCGGCUUCGGCGGACCCUCGGGCAGUGGCUCCGGCGGCGGCCUAACUGCCGGUGGACGUGUGCGUCCCGCCAACUUGGAUCGACUGGACAAUGUGCUCUUCGAUUUUCUGCAGAGCCUACCAUUGGCCGGCGCCACGGCAGAAAUAGUGACCGGACCAGGUGGGGGAGGAGUGGGUGGUGGCGGAAACUCGCACAUGUUUUUCAUGGGUAACCCCGGAGACUACGCCUGGGGCCGCGAGGGUCUGGACACCAUCGUCACCCAGAUGUUAAAUCAGAUGGAGACUUCGGGACCGCCGCCAUUGUCAGCGCAGCGCAUUAACGAGAUUCCCAAUGUGCAGAUCAGCGCCGAGGAGGUGGAUCGCAAGAUCCAGUGCUCCAUCUGCUGGGACGACUUUAAGAUAGACGAGACGGUACGCAAGCUGCCCUGCUCGCACCUGUACCACGAGAACUGCAUCGUGCCAUGGCUGAACCUGCACAGCACCUGUCCCAUCUGCCGGAAGUCUCUGGCGGACGAGGGCAGCGAUGCUGACGACGAGUUCGUCAUGCUAGACGAAUUUGGACCAGAGUUGGGGGCCGAUGGCAGCAAUUCCGCCAGGAGCUCGGCCAGCACCGCCACAGGAACGGACAAUCCUUCGUCGGCCAACAACAGCAGCAGCAUUGCUAGCCAAACCACGGCGGAAAGUGGCCGAGGACGUCCCGAGCCCACUAAUCCCGCCCAGCCAGCACGCAACAACGUCUUCACCUUCGACGACGACAACAUGUUUCUGGACUAACUGGAGAUAGGCAGUGAAUCGAGUGCACGGACGAUCGAUUGAUAUUCAAAAUUAAGCCAAAUAUUGGCCGCGGCUUUAGAAGUUUAGCCCUAAAACAUAAUUAAUCAUAUAUUUAUAAUAGUUUCUCCUCACGCUUAAUUUUGUUGUUGUUCAAAAUAACGAUUUGUAAUAAACAACACGGAAUAUACGAUUCCGUUGGCUCUGCAAAAAUCGA